UGGCCGGUAGCAGGGCAUUAUCUUCUCCAUAUCUGCCAGUGUAUGCGUAUCUACAUACCGCUCUAUUAUUGUUAAUAUUGAUAUCUACCCAUUAGCACAACAUUAUAGGUACAAUCUAUUAUAUUCUGUGAAAUCAGAUUUUGUACAAUUUAUUGGGCCCUGGGCUCUACGGCGACUUCUUCAAUUCCCGACAUUAGUUCACCGCCUGCGACCAGCGCAGUCGCUUCGAUCGCUCCGGAAUAGUAACGCCAACGGCCCUACAACUAUUUGGAUAAUUAGAAAACUGAAUCAAAAUAAUGGAUAUCACUACCAAGUCGGGCAAGGCCGCCUUCUCCAUUGAGAACAUCUUGGAGCAGAAGACGCGAACAGUUCAAAGUGCGGCCGUAGACCCUGCGAGUCGCCUCCAAUCGCGUCGCGGCUCUUCCCAAAGUCCUGUGACUGGUACUACGGUUUCCUCAGCAAGUGCCAUCGCCUUGCCCAAGGCCACCAUGGCCAUCAGCUCUUCUCCCACCUCGUCUACCACAUCUGCCUCCGCCUCCGUCUCCAAUAUCUAUGAUCUGUCCCGCGAGGCAGUCGCCGCCCAGUACGCCCUCAAGAAUCUGGAGUCCAGUGCGGUGCUGGCGCCCACCACGCUGCGUUUCAAUCCCAUCUACCCGGAUCCCGCCUCGCUCUUCUACCAGCAGGUGCUCAACCUCCAGAAGAAUCCCUCGCUCUUCAUGCCCCACUUCCAAGCAGCUGCCGUGGCAGCCGCAGCCGCCGUCCAACCCGCCGCCUAUUGUGAUCAGUAUAGUCCUUUCGCCAUGGACUGUGAAGGGUUUCCAAAUCCUGCCACCGCAGCCGCUGCCCUCUAUUGCAACGCCUAUCCGGCGGCCAGCUUCUACAUGUCCAACUUCGGAGUGAAGCGCAAAGGUGGCCAGAUCCGAUUCACCUCCCAGCAGACCAAAAAUCUCGAGGGUCGCUUCGCCAGCCACAAAUACCUGUCGCCCGAGGAGCGCCGCCACCUGGCCCUCCAGCUGAAGCUGACCGACAGGCAGGUGAAGACUUGGUUCCAGAACCGCAGGGCCAAGUGGCGACGGGCCAAUCUCAGUAAGCGCAGUGGAUCCACCACUGGCGGAUCUUCAUCUUCGGCCUCCAUCUCGGGCUCCAGCUCCGGUGGCGGAGCAUCGGCCUUGAAUCUGGGGAAUGGUAGCCGAAGUGGCCAGCAAAGCGACGAGGACGAUCGGAUGUUUCUGUCCGAGGACGACGAGGAUGACGAUGAUGAGGAGGAGGAUGCGGAGGCCGAGGAGGUCACCCCAAAGUCUGCCGCCAAGUGAAGCUCGAAGAUUGAUCAACUUACUCAUAAGAUAGUUCAGCUUGUAGUUAGGUUUAAUAAAUUUAUUCCAAUAGAAGUGAGGAUAGAGUUUUGGGAAUAGGGAUUUC